GCGAAUUGUGGCCGUGAAAAUGUUGGCUCUGAGACGCUCCACUGUUCCAGCUUCACGCUGCUACCGUGCAUCGAUAUGAUCGGCGCCGAGAAGACGCACAUUGUCGUCAUUUGGCCUGGUUUUUAUUUAGCGAAAACAGCCCGCACCCCUGUUUCUUGGCGCAACUAACUUCCAGUCGCACCGCCAUGCCCACGGAGGAGAACAUUGUACGGGAGGAGUGGUCGCUGGUCUUCUGGACAUUCGUGGCCGUUAUGAUCCCGGUCCUCAUCACACUGUGGUGCAGCGUCCAACGUUCCAAGAGGAAAACGUACAUGAAGCAGUUCUUCCGCCAGAGCAGACAUAGCUGGCACUACACGGACUUGUUCAAUAAGCCCACUUACUGCUGCGUGUGUUCCCAGCACAUCAUGCACGGGGCCUUCUGUGAUGGCUGCGGCGUGUGCGCUGACGAGCAGUGCCUGCGCCGUGCCGACAGGGAGCUGUCUUGCAAGGAGAUUAUGGCCCCUUCUCGAUCGGACGGGCUCGUGGCCCACCGGUGGGCAAGGGGCAACGUACCCCUGGCCAGUUACUGUGUUGUGUGCAAGCAGCAGUGUGGAACUCAGCCGAAGCUCUGUGAUCUGAGAUGUGUGUGGUGUCAGACCACAGUGCAUGACGAGUGCAUAGACAACCUGGUGGACGCAACCCAUUGUGAUUUAGGCGAGUUCCACAACCUCAUCAUUCCUCCUCACUACCUGUACCAAGUCAACAAGCUCGGCCAUAGACACCCUGACGAGUAUAAAAAGCUGGCGGUGGACUUUGGGGAUGGCUGGACUCCUGUGUUGGUGUUGGCGAACACGCGAAGUGGAAACAACAUGGGGGAGGCUUUGUUGGGAGAAUUUCGCACCCUCCUCAACCCUGUGCAGGUUUUCGACCUGUCAAAGCUUGCACCUUCCAAGGCCCUUCAACUGUGCACCCUUUUGCCCCCUGGUUGUGUUAGGGUACUGGUGUGUGGAGGUGAUGGCACUGUGGGAUGGGUGCUAGAUGCCAUCGAUAGUAUGAAACUCAAGGGUCAAGACCAGUUUAUCCCAAGGGUGACCAUCCUCCCUCUUGGGACAGGGAAUGACCUUUCAAACACUUUGGGCUGGGGUGCGGGCUAUGCUGGCGAGAUCCCUGUUGAACAAGUUCUUCGCAACAUCCUAGAUGCGGGGGUGGUCAAAAUGGACAGAUGGAAAGUGCAGGUGUCUUCCAAAGGCCUAUCUAUUCGAAAACCGAAGGUUCUGUCCAUGAACAACUACUUCUCUGUGGGUCCUGAUGCCCUGAUGGCACUCAAUUUCCACACGCAUCGUGAGAAAACGCCAUCUUUCUUCUCUAGUCGGAUCAUCAACAAGGCUGUGUAUUUUUUAUAUGGCACCAAGGAUUGUUUAGUGCAAGAAUGUAAGGAUCUGGAUAAGAGGAUUGAGCUGGAGCUUGAUGGUGAGAGGAUUGAAUUGCCCAGUCUGGAGGGCAUCAUUGUCUGUAACAUCGGCUACUGGGGGGGUGGCUGUAGACUCUGGGAGGGAAUGGGAGAUGAACCCUUCCCCCCCACGCGGUUGGACGACGGUCUGCUGGAGGUGGUGGGUGUCUUUGGCUCCUUCCACUGUGCACAGAUCCAAGUCAAGCUAGCCAACCCGGUACGGUUGGGACAGGCCCACACAGUGAGGCUUGUUCUGAAGACCUCCACAAUGCCGAUGCAAGUGGACGGCGAGCCGUGGGCACAGGGUCCAUGCACCAUCACCAUUACCCACAAGACCCAAGCUCUCAUGCUGUAUCACAGCUCUGAACAAACGGACGAUGACGACGAUGAGGACGGCGACUCCAGCGCCUCGGAGACAGAGAGCCCCACCCCUCAGGACUCACCCAGGCCCCCAGGGGCGGCAUCCGCUCGAGCUUGACUCAGCACUGAUCAUCCCAAAUUUGUAAUUUUUUAAAAAAACUCUGUAAUCAUAUCUCAUCCGUAUGUCAUUUGUUUUUUUCCAUAGUCCAAGUGAAAUUUCAAAAUUCAAUAAUUGACAGUCUGUUUUCUAAUUGUUAGUGUUGAGUUUUUUUAAUUGCCAAAUAGAAAGAACAAAUGAUAGUUUACUUCAAAAAGCUUAAUUUUACUUCUUCGUCUUUAAUUCUUCCCCCUCUGACAGCUAAGUCAGGUAUGGGGUGAAUGUAAAAAGAUCGCUUUUAAUAACUGGCCUUUCACUAGUGGCACACAUAAUGUUGACCAAACUUGAUUUAUGUUACAGAAAUGCUGCCAUUUUUGCAUAUGUAGAAGAGUCGUAAGCCUUGGUCGCUCACUGCAGCAGGCAGUGUUAGUUUACAAAGUGGAGACCAAAUUUCUGCCAUGUGGACAUCUGGCUGCAAAGAUUUUAUACACCACAUAGAGAACUGUCAUUUUCAGUUUAUUACUAAACUGACAAAUCCAGCAAAUCGGUCAAUUUGAUGAAGAGGUUCUCUUCAUUUGUCAAUAGUGUUUGCAUUUUGUAGUAGUUGUGUUCUUACAUCUUCAGAAUGAAAAAUGUGUUGCUGAAAAACAAUCACUGAAUGCUGUAUCAGUUUUAUAUGCCAUUAGCUUGUUUUCGCAGAUGUCGUGUGAGAUUGAGUGGUUGAUGGCGGUUGGAAACGCCAAUGGUGUGGAUUGGCUGCCUCUUUUUUGUUGGUCUGCACCAUGGCAGCUGUGGCUAUAGUAGUGGCUUACCACCGUUGAGUGCGAAGUGAAAAAGUAAUGCAAUUUAAAGUGUCUUUGAGUGUCCUAAAAAGCGCUUUAUAGCCUAUAUCCAAUAGAAAUUGCAGUUUCUAGUUAUGUUUUUAAAAUGUUGCUCUAAUUAUUUAUUUUGCGAUUAUAACGAUUUGUCCUUAUCCUCUUUUUGCUUUUUCUCACUGGUGUUUGCCUGUAAGGCUUCUGUCGAACAUCAAUCACUGAUGGUAAACUUGUCAGAUGACACUGGGCAUUUACAUGCAGUUGUAGCUUUCUCAAUGAUGUUUGUUUCCUAUUUAUGGAUAGUUUAUUGACUAGUUCAGUUGUAUAUGUGGACAUUUUAUGCUGAAGUGUAGCUCCACAAAUAGUUGCGCGUUUCUGGAAAUGUUCAUCCUUGGAUUCUGAUAAUUUCAUUUUAUUCAUUCUAUAUUGCUGAACUUGUAAAUUUGCGCAAAAACGCCUAGUUUGACUUAGCCAUCCAUGUUACUUUUGUUCUAUUGCACUGAUUCGUCUUGUCUUGUGCCAGUGGCAGGAUGUCGUUACUUUAUUUGAAUGCUUCUCAUGACUGUCAUGAGAAGCAUUCAAAUAAGGGGUUACCCAGGAUUUUCACCAUGCUAGCAGUUGGCGCUUGUUUGUUUCCACAAAUGCCUAGUAACAAUUUACAUGCUACUGAAAGUGUCUAAGUGGGGAUCUAUGUCCAAAUUGAUUUUCAGUGAUACAACCUUGAUGACAGAAAAAUGCACACAACUAUGACUCACACUGUCUGCUAGCAUGGCUUAAGACCUUUAUGUGAAGUGACCAUACGAAUGUUGUUGUACUGCUUAGUUAAAAUCUCCCAACACAAGUUAACACUCAUUUCUUGACAGUAUGACACUUUUCUUUUGCAUUUUAAAUGUGUUCACAUUUUCACUUGCUUUAUAUUAAUAUAUAUUCAGUAUUUUAAAUGUGUUCAUUUUGUGAAGUAUCUCAGAACCUAAGGACCGAUGAGUGCUUUUGUAUUAUUUUACCUGCCCUAUUUUCUGAAAGCCAUUUUUGCUUGUACUAAAUAGAAAUGGUCUCAAAAUACAGUAAUGUUGGAUGUGACAGGAAACCUUCAAUUAGAAUGUCAAGGUUUUAUGACUUUGUUACUUAGGAUGUUUUAAAGUUCGACUAAGUUGAAUGUAAGAAGGUGAUAUUUGUGGAUUUAUUUUCCCAUUAAUAUUUUCGUAUUAAAGUUUGAUUGCUCUCACUUCCUGGAGCCAAC